CGGCGGAGUUCUUAAGGAGCUGUUUCGCAUUUUCCUAAAGAAGGAGGAUGGGUUGAGGAGGAAUGAUGAUGAUGUUGAUCAGAUCCGUGUGAGGAAUGCAGCUGGAGAAGCGCUAGCCAUGUUGGCACUAGAGAGCGAGAAGAAUUGCCGCCGGAUGUUGAAGUUGGAGGUGACAGAAAGGUUGAUUGAAGCAUUGGAUGAUCGUCUUCUUCGGGCGAAUGCGGCCAGGAUUUUGAGGAACUUGUGUGCUUAUAGCACUGGAUCUAGUAGCUUUGUCCAGCUUCAACGCCUAACUGCUUCUGGACCAACUAUCCUUAAAGCAAUCAUGACAGAGGAAAGCAAAAUGCAGGAAGUAAUGCUUGGAUUAGCGUCCCAUGUUU